CCAUGCAUUUCACAAGCAAGAAGAACAAGAAAAAGGUUGUUUUGAGAGAGAUGGAGAGAGGAAUUGAGAACCCAAGGAACAGGCACGUGACCUACUCGAAGAGGAGGAAUGGGAUCAUAAAGAAGGCUACAGAGAUCAGUGUUCUAUGUGAUGCUCAAGUUUCGCUUGUUAUCUUGAACAGCUCAGGAAAGAUAUCCAGCUACUGCAGCCCUUCAACUUCGCUGAGUGACGUCUUGGACAAGUACCACAGGUAUUCUGGGAAGAGGUUGUGGGAUCCCAAGCAUGAGAACCUCAGCAAUGAAAUUGAUAGAAUCAAGAAAGAGAACGACAUCAUGCAGAUUGAGCUCAGGUAUUUGAAUGGGGAGGAUAUCACAUCUUUGAACCCUAGAGAGCUCAUACUCCUCGAGGAAGCCCUUGAAAAUGGCAUCAGCAGUAUCCGCGAGAGGCAGGCCAGUGCCAAAAUACGCCAGCAGGAGAUGGCCAUGGAAGCAGCAAACAGAGAAAUGGAAUGAGGCAUAUGUGCAGCCUAUUCAGCCAAAUCUACAAGAGAGGAUGUAGUUAUAUAAUUAUAAUACUACUACUUUCGCUGGUGUCUUUGAAAAAUAACUAUAAUUUCAGCUGUCCACAGUGUUUGUAAUAGCCUUAAUAUUUUCCUCC